GGAGAGGAGAGAAAGGGAGGGAGGGGAGCUGGUAAAGCCGCGGAUAUUCAUGAAAACAGCAAGUGUGUGUGUGUGUGUUUUUUUUCUUUCCCCCUCUAGCCGUGGCGAUACACCGCUAUGUCUACAGAAAAACAGAGGGAGCAAGGGCGAGAAGGAGAAGGCGACAAGUGAAAGCAAGAGGAUUCGCAGCCCAUCUUGCUGUUGAUCUUCAGGCGAUCAAGGAUUGACUCUGGCAGAUCAAACCAGGAUGUUUGGACUUCUCAGAUGAGGUCAUGCUUGACACGUCUUCCUAAGCAGGAUUUGGAUCCAGACAAUGACCAGUCAUAUUGUGGAUGAUUGACCUGAGAAAGGAGAGGACCAAAUUUCUCUGUAAUCUCUUUGGAUUUUGGAUUCUUAAUUGUUGGGAAAUUGCCUUCAUGUGGAAUCAGGUUAACAACUGGGGAACGUCAUGCAGACAACUCUCAGAGCUGGAUAGACGUUUUAGAGAAAGGGGUUUCCUUUGGCAACGGCAUCAUGAACCCUGACUGAGAUGUUCAUUGGCUCAUCUGGCCAAAGCAAGACAACAUGGAGUGACUUUUUUUCUUUCUUCUGCCUUUGACUUUGGAAAAGAGACAGAUCCAAACAAAGGUCAGCGGCCUCGGUCUGAACCUGCAGCCUUUGAGGGCUGCGUAAAUGCUCCUUUACUGUUCUCCGCCACGCUUUACUUCAACCACCUGAAGACUGAGGUGCAGAGGGAGCGCAAGUGAGGCGGUUGGCUGGCCAAAUCCGCUCCAAUGGGGGCCGGUUGUGACCCGGUCUGACCCCGGUUUGACCUUGCAGUGACCUCUGACCUCUCCGGUCCUGGCUCUCCACCUGCUCUGCUGCCUGGGUUCCGGAACGCUCCGCCCUGGGGCCCAGAACGAGCCAAUCAGAAUGAAGAAGAGCCGCAGCGUGCUGUCGGUGACUGGAGAAGAGGGAAAUGACACAGAUAUAACAGGUGCUGGGGAGAAGGCGGAGUCAUCUCGCUACAGCCGAUCGUAUACAUCCGGGUCCACGCUGGGGGCUGAGUUACGCAGAGGGAGGAGCAGAAGACUCUCGCCAAGUCUCCAGGUACCUUGCUGGCUGCGACCUCGAGAUCGCACCCGGUCACCAGAAGUCCUGGGCAACGCGUCACGUCCCACAACUCUUCCCCUUCGUAUCCCGCCUCGCAUCUCCAUCACACAAGCAGACUCUGACAGUUACGAAGCAGAAAAUGGCGUGUCCCCAGGUCACACCCCUUUGGGCUCCCAGAGUCCGAGCCUCACGCUCCACACGACCUUCCCCCAGGGCCAGAGAAGAGAGUCCUUCCUGUACCGCUCCGACUCGGACUACGACAUGUCACCCAAGACGGUCUCACGGAACUCCUCCCUCGCCAGCGAAGGGCAUACUGCAGAAGAUUUUAUUGUCACACCUUUUGCCCAAGUAUUGGCUAGUCUGCGAUCGGUACGGAGCAACUUCACCAUCCUUGCCAACGUCUCCACACCGACCGUCAAGAGGUCUCCUUUGGGUGGAGUGUGCGUCAGUCCUAGGGCGACACUAUCAGACCAGCAGUACCAGCAGCUCGCCCUGGACACACUGGAGGAGCUGGACUGGUGCUUAGACCAGCUGGAGACCAUCCAGACACACCGCUCUGUCAGCGAGAUGGCCUCCAACAAGUUUAAGAGGAUGCUGAACAGAGAGCUCUCUCACCUGUCAGAGAUGAGUCGCUCCGGGAACCAGGUGUCUGAGUACAUCUCCAGCACCUUCAUGGACAAGCAGAACGAGGUGGAAAUCCCGUCUCCCACUCUGAAAGAUAAACCCAUGAGUCACAUCAGCGGAGUGAGGAAACUGUCUCACAGCUCCAGCCUCUCCAGCGCUUCCAUGCCUCGCUUCGGCGUCAACACGGACCACGAGGAUGAGCUUGCCAAGGAGCUGGAGGAUCUGGACAAGUGGAGUUUUAACAUAUUCAGAGUAGCAGAGUUUUCCAACAACAGACCUCUCAGCUGCAUCAUGUACGCCAUCUUCCAGGAGCGAGAGCUGUUGAAGACAUUUCGUAUCCCAGUCGACACCUUUGUCACUUACGUGAUGACCCUGGAGGACCAUUACCAUGGAAACGUAGCGUACCACAACAGCCUCCAUGCUGCAGAUGUCACCCAGUCCACACAUGUUCUUCUCUCCACACCUGCUCUUGAUGCUGUCUUCACUGACCUGGAAAUCCUCGCCGCUCUAUUUGCUGCAGCCAUCCACGAUGUAGACCAUCCCGGAGUUUCCAAUCAGUUCCUCAUCAACACCAACUCAGAGCUGGCCCUAAUGUAUAACGACGAGUCAGUAUUGGAGAACCACCAUCUCGCCGUGGGCUUCAAGCUUUUGCACCAAGAAAACUGUGACAUUUUCCAGAACCUUACCAAGCGGCAGCGCCAGAGCCUUCGCAAGCUCGUCAUCGAUAUGGUGUUGGCCACAGACAUGUCCAAACACAUGACACUGCUGGCAGAUUUAAAGACAAUGGUGGAGACCAAGAAGGUGACAAGUUCUGGCGUGCUACUUCUGGACCACUAUACAGAACGAAUACAGGUACUGAGGAACAUGGUGCACUGUGCAGACCUGAGCAACCCCACCAAGCACUUACCUUUAUACAGACAGUGGACAGAGAGGAUCAUGGAAGAGUUCUUUCGGCAGGGCGACAAAGAACGCGAGAGAGGGAUGGAGAUCAGCGCCAUGUGUGACAAACACACUGCGUCUGUGGAGAAAAGUCAGGUGGGCUUCAUCGACUACAUCGUCCACCCGCUGUGGGAGACGUGGGCCGACCUGGUUCAUCCAGAUGCUCAGGAGCUGCUGGACACGCUGGAAGAGAACAGGGAGUGGUACCUGAACACCAUGCCCCAGUCUCCCUCGCCUCCUCCAGACAGACACCUCCAGCACGACCGCUUCCAGUUUGAGAUCACUAUUGAGGACCUGGAGCAAAACAACCACAACCACAUACACAUGAGGAACAGCAGCGGGAGGAGUGGCCGGAAAGCCAUCUGUGAUAACAACGACGAGGACUUAACGCGGGACGGCCAGGUGGAGGCAAACGGAGAGGAGCAGAAUCAUGCAGAAGAUGACAAAGAUGAGCAGGAAAAUCACAACAGUGAACAGAAUGGAGUCCAGGAGGAAGAGGAGGAGGAGGAAGAGGAGGAGCAGGAAGAGAACGAGGCAGAGGAGGUGCAGGAAGAAGGGCAAUUAGAAGAAGAAGAAGAAGAAGCACAGACAGAGAAAGAAGAAGAAGAAGAAGCCAAUGAUGUAGCACAAGAGGAGGAAACAAAAGGGGAGGAGGAAGCUGAAGAAGAAGAAGAAGAAGGCGAGGAAGGGGGAGAGGAGAAGGGAGACUGCGAGGAAGGUGGAGAAACUGCAUAUGUAGAAGAGGAAAUAGAUGGAGAAGAAGUAGAAGAUGAGAGAGAAGAGGACAUUGAAAAUGAGGAAGCAGACGAGCAGGAAGCGAAAGAGGAGGCAGAAGUUGAAAAAGAGGAGGCUUUGGAACAGGAGGAGGGGGAUGUUGAAGAGGAAGAGGGGAAAGAGGAGGAAGAAGUGGAGGAUAAAGCUGAGGAUGAGGAGGAAAUAAAGGAAAAUGUAGAUGAGGAAGAGGCAGCAGCAGAGCAGGAGGAGGACGAAGCACCAGAGGAGGUUGAGGAAGAAGUACAAGAGGAAGAGGAGAGCUAGUCAGGUGUAAAAAGGUGAAUUCACAGGGUCAGUGAGGAAAGACUGAGGAGAGAUGAAGAGGGCCAGAGAGAGGCCACGACGGCAGCAAGUGGGUGUGGAGGAUGAUAAAGAGCUGAUGACGCCCUUCCUUCCAAAUAACGCGCUCUGACCACUUUGUCCUGUGAGCAUCGUAGCUGAGGAGCAGUUUGUUGUCCUUAAAACACUCAGAGAAACACUGAAAGACCAACCGUACACCGAAAACAAAACCUCUCUGGAUCUUCCCAAACGCAACUUGAGGAGCCGGUAGUGACAGACAGACUGGAGGCUUCUUCACCUGGUGUCUGUAAAUCCAUCACUGCCAUGGAGGAUGAACUGGGGGGAUGAUAAUGGUGAUAAUAAUAACAAUAAUAAUAAUAAAAGGGAAGGGAUUUGUUCUGUCGACCUUUUUGUAGCUCCUGGAAAUCUAACAAAGCCUGAAAUACGCACAUGCAAACAAGUGCGUGCCUGUUCUGUUCUUAUAGACUACCGUCCGUUGUCUCUCGGUCACUGUCUCAGUCCCGUUGAUGAGGAAGAUAACAUCUCACACACACAGUGAGCAUCAAAUGCUAAAAGAAUGUCAACUUCCUCCGUUUGUCAGAAAACAGAAAAAAAAUAAUGCAAAAAAAAAAAAAAAAGUCUGGAAAGUGUAGUCUGUCAUCUCAUAUUUACUAGAAAAAAACGUUCCACUUGUGAACAGGAAUGCCGAGUACACCUCCAGGGAUGUGGUCCAGGAACAGUUUAACCUCGUCACAUACUAACCUUAAUGCAACAAUGCUGGAUUUCUGACACUGUCUCUGAGUAAUAUGUGGACCGUUAUAGCUCAGAAGCCUGAUCUGUUGUACAUGUCGAUGUUGGUUAAUGUUUUAAAAAUAAUAGUAAUAAUAAUAAUAAUAAUUAAAGAACACCCAGUAUUCAUCCUAUCAUGACAGGUUCACCUGAAUCGUGCCAAACCGUCCCACAACCAGCACUGAGCAAUUCAGCCUCCGAAUGAGGGGGCUACUCGUCACGAAGCAAUGAAACUGUGGGACCCGGCCACCAGGUGUGAUGGUCUUCCACAAAUCCCAUUGUUUUAUUUUGUUUGAUUUGUUUUGAUUGUUUGGUUUUGUAAAAAAAAGAAAAUGUAUUUGGCACUUUAUCUAACACCCCUGUUACAUAUCUGUACAUAGUAAACAUGUAUUUUAAUCUGCUGAUGUCAUAUAAUAAAUACGAUCAAUGCA